CUCUUCACCCCAUCCUCAUCUUGACAAAGACAAAAAAAAAAAAAAAAAAAGGUCUAAACUGCACCCAAGACGAAGACUACCUUGUGCCAAUCUCUAUCUUAGGUACCCGUCCGGUGACAGCCACGCGACACUAGACUAGUGGUUGCCAGUCAGGAACACCCGGAGCACGCCCCAGUACAAGCCAAUCUACUGUACGCGAACUCGACGAACGGCAGGGAUAACGGACGAUAGGAGGUCGAAGACCACAACUUUGCCCUCAAGAACUACCUAGACCUAAGUCUGCUAUCAGUCCCUCUCUAUGGUAGACUUUGUAUUCUCCAUCUUCAAUUUCUGGACGCAUACUGUCUACCGUCGAGCUCUGGACCACAGGAAGCUACAGCAACAACAUAGCGCCAUCAUCCGGGAAUAAAACCAAAGGGGCCCAAAGACCAGGUUGACCAAUACUCUGACUAUUAUCCACAAAAUAAACUAAGCUUGAUAUCGACAAUUCGAGACUAGAGGAGCAAAGAAUUAUUUUUGGUCUGGAAUCUUCCUCUUGCUUUUGUUUUCUUUUGUGGUGCGACCGCGGGUGGGGGUUUCGUCCAUCAGAGUUGUGUGGUGUGCGCGUCAACAAAUGAGCCCGCGCCGCCCGGGGGAACGUUGCUUCUCCAGGCCGAAGACGUCUGAUGUCCUACACAAUGACAGCUCCAGCGGGUGCUCUUGGCCAACCACAAUCCGCCAGCGCAAACAACCACUACACCACCACCACUCCCACCGGUACUCCGACAACAGCGCAAUUUCACAACCUCAGCAAUAGCGGCGGCAAGUCCCUGCCUCGUCCGCCGCGCAAAUCAAACCUUUACGGCCUGGCGACCGCAUCCAGCCCGAACCUUAGCACAUCCUAUUCGCGUCUCGCCGCCCCACAGCACGGCCUGUCGAGAAAGGCUUCCCAACAGGCCUUGACACCAAACUCCCUCGCCGCCAUCCCCGAUGAUUCCGAAUCGUACGCCAUCGGAACCGUCCUGAACGACUCUGACGCGAUGCUGCCGCCGCCGCCGCCCCUGACCCCGGGCAGGCCGUCCGGCGAUGGCCACAUUGCCAUCGGCGAUACCGUCGAUGUGCCUGGAAAUAUGCAUGGUACUGUUCGCUUUGUUGGUAAUGUCGAUGGUCGCAAGGGAAUAUUUGCUGGCGUCGAGCUGCAUCCUGAGUUUGCAGCACGGGGCAAGAACAACGGCGAUGUCGAUGGUGUAUCGUAUUUCACGACCACGAAACCAGGAGCCGGGAUAUUUCUGCCUCUCACUAAAGCCGUCAAGCGAGACCUGGCACCGUCUUCAAAUGGGUCAUAUCCCAUCACACCAAUGAAUCCCCCAUCCGGUCUCAAGGUCGGGAAUCAAAACUCAACAAAUUACACACCGCCAACACCGUCGCUUCCAAAAUUAAACCAAUCUACUGGUCCCGGCCGCGCACCCAGCCCUCUUGGAAAAAGACCAAGCAGGCCUUCACUGGCACGUCCAGAGUCACCCAUCCGGCGCCUGCAGAUGACGCCCAACCCCCGCCCGGCCAUCGCAACCCCAGGCUCCAAGGUGCCGUCGAGAUAUGGCAGUCCCACCAGCAAAUUCUCGCAGAGCGUCCGUGGAACUGCCCCGGAUCCCGCCAAGAGGGCAUUAAAAACCGCCCGCGAUGCCGGCAUCGGGCCGCGGAGCGCAUCUGCUCUCGGAAACCGUGCACCUUCGGCUGCGGGCUUCACAGACGACGAGGCCGCGCCGAUUGGUCUCGGCCGAAGUGGUACCAACGGCAGCAUGGGUUCCGUCUCGUCUUUCCAAGCCAAGCUGCAAAGGCCAGCAUCACGCGCCAAUGGGAGAGCUAGUCCUCACCGUCGUAAUGGGAGCGAUGAGCUGGAAAGGCUUCGAUUGGAGCUGGCCGAUCGGGACCGACAGCUCAAGGAGCAGGUGCAAUUGGUGGUCGAGAUGGAGACCAGCCUCACUGAGCUGCAAACCUUCAUCUCUAAACAAGGAUCACAACAGCAGCCGCCUGCCAGGCGGGGCAGCACUGAUGAUGACAAGGAUGUCCAACAACUCCGGGCAUUGCUCCGAGAAAAGAACGAAAAGAUCGCGAUGCUCACGGCUGAGUUUGAUGCACACAGGGCCGACUUCAGGAGCACUAUUGAUACACUGGAGAUGGCGAGUACCGAGACGGAAAGGGUGUAUGAGAAGAAACUUGAGGAGGUGAUGCAGGAGCUGCAAGACUAUCAAGAGCGCACUACUGACGUCAAUGCCGUUGCAAGACAACUCAAGCAGUUGGAGGAGCUCGUCCAGGAGCUCGAGGAAGGGUUGGAAGACGCACGAAGAGGAGAGGCCGAAGCCCGUGGCGAAGUUGAGUUCCUCAGGGGUGAGGUGGAGAGGACGCGGUCGGAACUGCGCCGCGAGCGCGAGAAGGCCGCAGCAGGAUCAAAUGGAGCAGGAGCUGCAAAUGGGGGCGGGGGUUCCGUCUCCAAGGAACUGGAGCAGAAGGAGGACGAGAUUAGAGGUCUCAAAGCCAUCAUUCACUCCUUGAGUCGAGACUCGAUCCCAGGCAUGCCAGGGGAUGAUGCGGGCAAGACGCCAACGUCGGCCCAUGGCGGAUCACGGGGUCACCUCUCUGACGACUCAGCUGGCGACCGGUUGGCCCGCGAGAGAUUGGAGCGCGAAGUUGCCGAGCUCCGAGCCUUGUUGGAUUCUAAGAACAGCCGUGAAGAGGAGAUCAUGCGCGAGCUUGACACACUGCGUAAGGCUGGCGGUGGCGGCAGCCCCGUGCUCAGCAAGAACCGAGUUAGUGUUGCGACUAUCGUGCCCACGGGCCAGAGCAACGAUAGGUCAUCAGUGCGAGAUUCGAGGGACACAGUGAUCCUUGCUGGAGAUGAUCAGCAACAACAGGGUGGUCACCAGCCCAAGGCCAACGAGCCGCGCUCCCCACCGCGGGUCAAGACGCACGUGCGAGUGGCGACGCUCGACACCAUGCCCGAGAGCGACGCCUACUCCACCGCAACGGACACUAGCACCCUCUACUGCGAGCUGUGCGAGACGGCCGGGCAUGGAAUCCUUAACUGCACAAACAUGUUUGGCGGCAACGGCGCCGCAGCCGGCGGCAACGACAGCGUCAAGACCCCAUCGCCCACGUUGACCAAGAACGGCGAGCUCAGCCUGACGGUGCCGCACGACUCGGCCGACGCACCCGCGCCGCUGACACCCGUCAAGACCAAGACACCUCCCUCCGUGCCUGCCGUGGACGCCGCACAAGCCCAUCCAAGCCUCAUGGAGUCGGGACCCGUCGCCGGCAAGGAGAGCGGAGUCAUCGAUGCGGAGAAAUGGUGUGCGCUCUGCGAGCGGGAUGGGCAUGACAGCGUCGACUGUCCAUUUGAGGACGUUGCGUUCUGAGGAGGGCAAUACACAAAACAAAAAGCCGUGCAAAUAUGCAGACUUUGCACAUCCCAUGCUGAAAGGUUCUUAGUUCUGUGGGACUUGAGUAACUUUUGUUCCGUCUUCUGUGCUUACCACCCGAUGCUCUUCGAGGCAACCUUGUGUUCUUAUAAGUUAUUCUUCUGUUCUCGUUUAUCCCCUUGUCAUGACCCAUGAUACCACUUUUUCUUUCUUGUUUGGGCUUUUUUGUUCCUUACAGUUAUUGCACGGGGGAAAAACCUGGGAGGGCCUCGCCGAGAAAGGCGAGGAAAGAUGCGGUGCAUUGCCAUGACGAAAUGAGG